GGGGUGCAGGAAAACAGAGGGAGGAAGCUGAGAGCCGCCGGACAAGUUUCCACUUUCUACCUUUGUUCGGAGGAGUGGAGCGGUCCGGGGAAACUUUCUGCUCACACAUGCCGCCUCACCUGUCGCAGCUCCGGACCGGAACUCUCACCUAGCCCGCCGCGAAUGGAGGAGAAAUGGCGGCGCGGCUGAAGAGAACCGGGAGCGAACUUUUAGAAGUUGACAUAUGCGGGUCCGGCGGUGGUUUCCUGUCCGAAGACGAGAGCGGCGUGUUCGUCAACUCCGCCGCCUCCCUCCAGGACGACUUCCUCGGCUUCCAGCGGUGGUCGAGCCCCGCCGACGAGUCCCCGAGUGACACAUCAUCACCUCCCGGGCGGCGUGAGCAGCUCCCCGGAGGGCACACGGCUCCACCGCCGCUGCUUUGCACCGGUGCUGCCGACAGCAACACCACCACCACCACCAGCACCGGGGACCCCGAGUCCCCGUGUGAUGCACUCAAAGCUCCGAGGACCUCCAUAGUGGACUGUCUCCUGGUCGAGCUGUAUGAGACGUACAGCGGCAGGAGGAACCUGGACAGCUGGGACAGCUCCACCGAGGCGUCCGGGUCAGACGCCUUCCUGGGCCGCAGCAACUCCGGGUCCAGCUUCCUCCAGGAGCUCCAGGAGAAGCACACCAGGCGGCAUCAGAUGAACUACCUGGCCCAGAAAGCCCCUGCGGAGCUGCAGUCGAUCAUCCAGGAGGUGAAAUAUCGCACAGGCCUGCAGUCGGCCAAGCUGAUUCGCCAGCUGAAGAGACGAGACCGACUCUGUCACAAACUGCAGAAGAACUACGACAUUAUCACAGCGUGUCUUCAAGCUGUCUCACCAAAACGACGAGUUGAUACGAGGCUGAAGUUUACCAUCGAACCAUCGCUGGGAAAGAAUGGAUUCCAGCAGUGGUACGACGCUCUUAAAUCAGUGGCUAGGCUUCCUACUGGGAUACCAAAGGAAUGGAGGAAGAGGGUCUGGCUAACACUCGCAGACCAGUACCUCCACACCAUCUCCAUCGACUGGGACAAGACGCUUCGCUUUGCCUUUAACGAGCGAAGCAACCCAGACGACGACUCCCUCGGCAUCCAAAUCGUCAAGGACCUACACAGGACGGGCUGCAGCUCGUAUUGUGGCCAGGAGGGGGAGCAGGACAGGGUUGUGCUGAAGAGGGUGCUGCUGGCGUACGCCCGCUGGAACAAAAGUGUGGGCUACUGCCAAGGAUUCAAUGUACUGGCUGCUCUCAUACUGGAGGUCACAGAGGGCGACGAGAGCGAUGCACUUAAGGUGAUGAUCUACCUGAUUGACAAAGUUCUGCCAGAGAGUUAUUUCGCCAACAACCUUCGAGCAUUGUCAGUGGACAUGGCGGUUUUCAGGGACCUGCUGCGUCUGAAGCUGCCCAGACUCUCCCAGCACCUGCACCACCUCCAGAAAGCAGCCAACAGAGAGGCUGGAGGCAGUUACGAGCCUCCGCUGACCAACGUCUUCACUAUGCAGUGGUUCCUCACCAUGUUCGCCACCUGUCUGCCGGCGUCCACCGUGCUGAAGAUCUGGGACUCGGUUUUCUUCGAGGGGUCAGAGGUGCUGUUUCGAGUCGCCCUCGCGAUCUGGGAGAGACUCGGAGAGAGGAUCGAGUACUGUCAGACAGCAGACGAGUUUUACAGCACCAUGGGUUGUCUCACUCAGGAGAUGCUGGAGCACAACCUCAUCGAUCCUCCUGAACUCAUGCAGGAGGUUUAUUCCAUGGCAGUGUUUCCUUUCCCUCAGCUGGCUGAGCUGAGAGAGAAAUACACGUACAACAUCACUCCGUUCCCUACCUCGGUCAAAUCCAAUGGAAGUGGUGGUCUGGGCGGCUGGGAGAGCGAUGACGAUGCCGAAAUGGACGACGAGGACUCUGUGGUGACCGCGCUCGGUUGUCUGGGGCCCCUGGGCGGCCUCCUGGCCCCCGAGCUGCAGAGAUAUCAGAAACAUCUGAAAGACCAGCGACCAGAGCAGGGAAACUUCGCAGAGCUGAGCCCGGGCGCGGUGGGAGCCGGAGGGGCCGGCGGUGCAGGAGGAGGUGCCAGGGCGGAACAUCAAGCCGCCAUCAACAGCAUGAUGAUGGAGAGGAUGAGCACCGACAUCUACGCCCUCAAGAAGCAAUACACUCGCAUCAAGAGGCGGCAGCAGCAGCAGGCUAUGCAACUGUACAUACGCACAGGACUUGGACCCGAAGUUCCCACAAGUCCCGGAGUUCUUCCGGAGCCUCCCAGCAAACACAGCGACAGUACCGACCACCGAGCCGAGGACAAGUGCCCGGCCACCCGUGUCCUCGCCUCCCAACUCAACCCCUCCAGCGCUGUGAUCAACCACCUCCUUCUGGGUCACACACCAACCGGAGGUCCCCGCGGCUCCAGACCCACGUCCACCACUAACCCCUCCACUCUACCAGGGGUUCGACCGGCUUUCCUGCCCCAGGGUCAGGGCUCCCCGGCCAGGCCGCGCUGGGGCUCGUUCCCCUCCAACAGCCCUGGAUCUCCGGGGGGCGGCGGCGGAGGCGGCGGGUCACCUUGGCGUGCUCAUGUCCGUGUGCAUCGGAGGAAUAUGGCCAGGGCUCGGGCAGAGCUGGGCUUUGGAGAUUCGGAGGAAAGGGAAGAUGAGGAGGAAGGAGGAUCAGUGAGGUUUGAGAGUGAAGAGGAGAGGAAGAACGAGGAAGAUGAUGAUGAUGAUGAUCAUGAGGAGCAGAAGGAAGGAGGAGACUCCUCUGUCUCUCCAUCUACUGAUCUCUCUGUUACAGGGUCUGUAUGUGAGGAGGCUCCACAGGCUGCAGAGGAGACACCAGCAGCAGAAGUUGCAGAGGUGGAGGUGCAACUGGCGUCUCUGGAUAUAGAGGACGAGUCGAACCUGACCGUCCCCGUCGAUGCAAACCCCGAUAAACAACCCACCAUCCCAGAGUCUGCAGCCCAGGUCCCUCUGCUCCCUCCCCCGCCGUCCUCACACAGACACAAGGAGUCCGACUCCUCAGGUUCAGAGAGAAACGCUGGCUCUGUCUCCUGCAUCCCUUCUUCCACCUCGAGUCCGCCGCCCUCCCCCGUCCCAACGUCGGCUUCUCUCGCACCGUCCUCCUCAUUCUCACCAGACUCCACUUCCUGCCUUCCAUACUCUUCAUCCGCCAACAGCUUAUCUACUCUCUCUCUUCCCGCCUCCUCCACCUUUUAUAAAACCCCCUGCCCCUCCACGCCCUCACUCUCCUCUGUCUCCUCAUCCUCCAAAUCACACAUCUCCUCCUCCCCGUCAACGCCAGCGUUCAUCUCAGCCAGCUCCGCCCCGAAACAGCAAGUCUUCUCCCCGUUCCCUUGCGUGAAGCAGCCCAGGAGGUCGGCCGCAGCCAGAAACCUCGGUCUCUACGGUCCCACGUCCAGAACCCCCACCGUACACUUCCCCCAGCUCAGCCGCAACCUCAACUGCAGUGGUGCUGCCGGCACCACCAGGAGGCGAUGAAAACCUGAGCACGCUGGAAACACAGUGAAUCAUUCGAUCAUUACACCACGUUGCCUCCUGCAUACCGAGAAAACAACCUCUAUCUUAUUUAAAGCUGAGAAAUUAAAAACGUGCGGAGA